CGGCAAAUAAUCUUGUUUACGUGAGCUUAAGAAGUGAUCCCCGUCUUUACUAAGUUGUUCCAUCUCAAAGUAGUGAACAAGAAUUGUCCAUAAAUACACUUUAAAAUAUAGGAUUCACAAAUUCCUCAUUUUUCGAACUUUGAAUUAAAGAGAGGAUCAAUCCAAUCAGGAUUUUUUUUAGAUCAAUGACCUGGAGUUUGACAUCCCCCAUGUAUCCCCACCAUCUCUGGAAAGUGUCCUUUGGGACAUGGAAUCAGAGGGUAGUGACAAUGCCUCACUGCUAUCAUUUCAGUCCAUGUCUCACAAGUUUCGAUCAAUGCUGUGUCACAAUAUUUUGAGAGGAAUAUCUGCACAGAUCAGCUCGGCCUCGGAUAGAGUAAAUGCAGGUCAACCAACAGUCAUAACAAAUAGUGUCAAAUAUGUAGCUGUUGGAAUGUCACAUGGGUAUGUACUGAAUUUUGAUUUGGACCAGAACCUGUGUUGGUGCUGUCACGAUUCAAACACAGUAGAUCAAGGUGCUGUGUCAGCAUUAGCCUUCAAUCUGGAAGGUACCAGGGUUCUAGUAGGAUACGAAAGAGGCUACAUAUCAAUGCUAGACGCCACGAAUGGUGACGUAAUCCGAAGACUACCAGACGCUCAUGCCCCCCAAACAGCAGUCCUAUAUCUCCGAUUCACAUUCCUUAGCAAUCUGGCGCUGGUAGGUGAUUCGUCUGGUUGCGUUUUUUCAUUGUCCUUUAACAGAAGGCUUGGCAGGCGAACAUGGGACUCCAAAUGUUUGUUUUCUGGUGCUAGGGGGGAGGUUUGUGUCUUUGAACCAUUAGUCAAAGGGCAGGAGGUGCAUUUCUUGAACAGGCAUGUCUUGGUUGCAAUGGCCACUUUGUCUAAGGUGAUUGUCAUUUCAAUAAGGCCGAAACUGAAAGUCUACUUCAGUCAACAACUACCCAGGAUCUCCACAGCAUUGCCACUCAUAUCAUGGCAAAUGGUGUCUGUAGGCAAAACAUUCCAACCAGUAUUAGCGUGGGGACGAGGCAGCGAGUUACAUUAUACCAGGGUCAUCACUCAUAACUACAACAACCAUAGGAUUAGAUUAGUGCCUUUAAGAAGUGUACAGUUAUCAUAUACUAUGAUGGGCUUACAUUGGCUAGGUUCUAGACACUUGGCUAUAAUGGACACAAGCGAAAAUCUGAGAUUAAUUGAAGUUAGAAGCCAAAGAGAACUGGAGGUUUUAGAGAUAGCUAAUGCAGGUCUGGUAUAUAGUUCUGCUCAUUUCAAGGCGCUAGCAGUCGGUGGAGGUGUCAGUGAGGCUUUUGCUCUAGCAGGAGAAAGAGCUUGUUAUAAUAGCAUCUCAAGUCGGGGAGACCAACUCCUCAUCCUAGGUACGAGAGCUGUGCAUUUAGUUAAAUUGCGAUCAUGGCCUGAAAGGCUUCUGUAUCUAAGCGAGCAAAACAGAUGGACUGAAGCUUUGAACUUAGCUGCAGAUGAAGGAUGUACCAGAGAAACGUACGCUGUUACGUUGCUUACCAAAUAUCUGGAAAGUUUAAAUAGGAAUGCUGUGGAUAAGGAGAGUCUCACAGCUGCAGUUAGAUGUUGCGUUAAGUUAGAAAAAAUAACCAUACUGUGUAACGACAUCUUCGAAGCAGUAUCUACAGAGCAUAGCAACCUCGAAUACUACUACGACCUUUUAACAGACCAUAUAAUAAACGAAAACUUGACCUAUCUAUAUCCGUCUGUGGCUCAAUCACUAGUGACUUAUCUGGAUCAAAAGGACCCAGAGGUUUUAGAAAAAGUGUUGCUAUCCCUAGACGUCACCUGCUUAGAUUUGCACCAAGUGUUGAAAAUAUGUAAGAAGUCGAAGUUAUAUAAUGCGUGGAUAUACAUUACGACAAAGACUCUAAAAGAUUUUGCUAGUCCUCUGACGGAAUUCCUCAACGAAUUAACCCCAGAGAAUCAUAGGUUAGGAAAUGUCUUGUUGGUGUAUAUUUCAUCGUGUCUUGCAGGUCUUGCAUAUCCGACUGGCACGUUAUCCCCCUCCGAAACGCAGGUGGCUCGAAGUGACGUAUUACGAUGUCUCGAAACGUCGCAUUCACCAGCUGCCAGUGACAGUGAAGCUCCGUAUCCAUACCUAAGAGCACUGCUUCACUACAGUACUAGAGAGUUCCUGAAUGUAGUGGGGUUAGCGUUCAAUGAGGCUCAGGAGUUUUUGGGUGAAAUGGGUAUUCAAAGGAAGAGGCGACUGGUAGGGAUUUUGGCUGGACUAGCUAAAAGACCAGAGUUUACUGAAAGCCAGAAGAUCAACGUUAUAUGUUUCAUAUCUAGACUGGUUGUGCAGAAUAACUUGGAAAUAGACAAAAACAUGCUAGACGAAAUAAUAUCCUCACUGACAUCAGUCAAAACGUCGCUGAGCCUUCGGGAUCACUCGGAAAGAGAGCAAACUUGGUUGGACCUCCUAAAUGCCAACAAACUGAGUCACUUGAAGGCUGAUGAACUUUUAAAAACAUCCUUAGCCUCAAAGUGUUACCGCGUUAGUGAAUUUUUAUAUGAAGUGAAAAGAGAUUACGCGAAUAUUGUAGAAUGUUAUCUCAAAGAUCCUGUACGGAAACAAGAGGUUUUCAAUUAUAUCCUCAAUUAUAUGAACGUAGAGGAGAGAUUGAUACGAGAACAGUUCAUUGUACAUUUUAAAUAUUUGAUAGAGUACAGCAGUGGCGUAGCUACCUUGGGUGGCACCCGGUGCGGAAGUUGGUGAUGGAAUGAAGAUCAUGAAGAAUUCUCCUCACAGAAUGAUUGGAAUGUCCAAGAGCAGACGCAUGUUUGUGCGCAGGACGCCCUGGUGAUCGCAACAUUGAAGAUCUCACUGCUUCAACGUUUUCAAGUGAUCCAAUGUGCUGAGGGACUCCUUGUCGCACUUGCACUUUGUCCGAACGUAGUGACCCACGUAACAGUUCAUUUCCGGUCCGGAACAGGGGUCAACGGGCUGAACUAAAGCGAUUCCGAAAGGCGCGCUCGGUUGCGAUCACAGAACAUCCGCUCGAAAAGUAGGGGCCUCAAGACAAAAGCACGCUCCUCACUAUUCCAACCGAUGAUGAAGAUUGUACUGUAAACAGUAAAAAAUCCGCAGAAGUGGUGAUCCAAUACUUCCCCGACCUCGUACCUCAAUUUACCUCAAUGUUAAACGAAGACCCCGACCUACAAUACUCCUUUCUCAGCGAAAUCAUCCCAAGUGACAUCAAAGUGCCUCCCGAUAUCGCAGAAACGUAUCUGCGACUGCUGUGUGAAAGGAACAAAGACGAAGUGUGUACGUACCUGCAGGCGAGUACGUGCAGGAAUGAUGAGGCUUUGAGGAUAACCAAGCAGUACCAAGUGCAUGCGGCCACGGCAAUGAUGCUGGAGCAUGGUGGGGAGUGGAUGGAGGCAUUAGAGUUAUUGCUGGAGCAGGAUCUUAUCAACGAAGCCGUAAAUUUGUGUGUUAGAGGGGCGGAGCAUCUAGAUAAUGAAGGUGCUCAGAAAUUAUGGCUGACGCUUCUUCAAAACAAACGGACAACUUCCGGUACUUCCUUGAGACAACUCCUCCAUGCCGCAGCGCCGCACGUCCCACCGACUCAGCUGCUGGAUCUCGUUUCCAAUGCCAACUUUGGAGAUGUUAAGGUCCUGCUCAAAGGGAUGCUGAAUGACUACAACCAUGACAUUAUGAUGCUUACAACUACGUUAAAGCUACUUGAUAAGGAUCUACAUCAUGGUCUUGCAAAGGCGCUAUCGUCCAGUCGUAAAGGCGUGUCAGUCUCAAACCUGACUUGCAGCUUAUGUCAAAAAACUCUAAGCUAUCAAAAAGUGAUGGAGGACAGAUUUCAAACUCAAGUAUGGAGCUGCGGGCAUAGCUUCCAUUUGAACUGUAUCAAUGCUGCAGAGACUGGUCACAUAUGUCCUCAGUGUAGGAUGAAAGGUGUUAUGAUGAGAGCAUUGAAAAGUCCAAAGAAGCAAGAGGAGAGACAAAGAACUCGAAUGAGACCUGACCUUGAAGGACAUUUCUAAGAGAGAUUCUAGUCUAAUUAUGCGUACAAGAUAAUUUAUUUCGAUUCAGGGCAGGUCUCUGUAAGUCCAGUACUGAGAAAAAAUUGUAUAUUGUAUAUUUAUCAAAGAAUUGUUCGAAAUCUAUUCUAUUGUAUUGAGAUGGGCUACAACUAAUUACCUUUCAGAGGCCUGUCAAUCAAUACGCUUCUUCAUACUGUUCUAUCUGUAUCCUGACGCCAAUUUGAUCUCGGGGAUUCAACAACAAACAAAAAAGUGGCGCUUUAGAAAACUCAAAAUAACUUUAAAAAUGUAUCAGAUUAUACGUUAGGGUGAUUUGGCAGUACAAGAAAAAACAAUAUCAGUGAACCUGUAUAGUUGUGCGAGAUUAUCAUUUUGUGAUGUACUAUGUAUAUAAAUAUAUUAUGAUGUAUGAAGAAAAUUCAUUUUUAUAAUAAAAUAUCUGCCCAUUAUCAAUAAUGAUACCGAUUUUUUUACACCGAAGCACCCGCCCAGGCAAGCCUAAAUCCCAGGACACCGGGGCUGCUACGAGUAUCCCUAAGAAACUUUGUUAAUGUGAUUUUUGAACUGCUUAAGGUUAGUAGAACUGGGAAAAGCCUCCUCUUGUAGAUUGUUCUACAAGCUCGGUACCCUAGGAACAAAGGAGCGGUCGUAUCGCCCAAUUCUGGAUGUACGAAUUUCGACAUGGUUAGGAUGGAAGGUCAGAUGGGUACGUCUGGCUGGCACAAUGCGGCAUCGUGAAGGCCCGUUGGUUAGAGAAGAGUUAUCGAUCAGUCGAACAGCCCUCCUAUGAACAGCAUCAAGCAUGAAUAAUGUAUUCGGGUGGCAGAUCAAGUCCUCGGUGAUCUGGACUCCGAUCAGCUGAAAUAAACGACUCUUUGGCAGAACUCGACUAUCCGUCAACUCCGGAUGAGCGCUAGGGUGCUUUUUGUUCGCCAAGCUCCGAUUCUGCAAAGCAUAUCCAAAGCCAACUGAGAAGCUGCAGGAUGAAGGUUACCCAAGGACAGCAGGAGACAAGCUAUUGCUUUUGAAUCUGACACGACGCCAUAUUGGAGGAGCUGUUGCAGUACUGGGAACUUCUUUUGUCUAGCCUGAAAAAUAAACAUCAUAGAUCCAUGGGAGCUUUCAAACAGAUAUGCCACGUAUAGCAUCUUAGAUAUGACAUGUAUAGGUUCUUAGGCUCAGAAAAAGUUUAGAUUAUUAGUCACAUUGAUUAACAAUUUAAAAAAAAAUGUACAUAUAUAUAUUUUAGUUAAAC